AUGGCACUGUCGAAGAGGAUUAAAAUUACCGUGCCGCAGGUGCUGGCAAACUCUAACGGCAAAUUUAGUGACAGCUGGCUUGUUUUGAAGGAAGGCCUCGAUAAAAUUUAUACUGACUGUAUUGAGGACGUCUCGUACCAGGACCUGUACAAGUUGGUGUACUCUCUUGUCAUCAAUGAAAAUGGAGAACUACUUUAUAAGCACUUAAAGGAGUACCUCGUUGAAAGGUUGACGUCAAGCAUGGUCGAAACGCUGAUGCCUGAAAUCCCACCAAAUCAAGAGGAAGGAUUAGAGCAAACUUGGACGUUCCUAAUCAAGUUUGAUCAGUUUUUUGAGAGGGAGGCGAAACGUUUUAAACUUGUUGCAGAUGUGAUGAUAUACUUUGAUAAAGUGUACUGUAAUGCACAGAGAAUACCGGAGGUCUUUGAUCUGGGUCUAAACGCUUUUAGAGACACCGUGGUAUUCCCUUUAAAGGAUAAUUUGAAUGAAAGUAUUAUCAAAGUCAUUAAUAAUGCCCGGGAUGAGGGUCAAAUAAAACGGUCUUUUGUACUUGAGGCAGUUCAGAUUAGUGUUCUGAAGAGUUUAUUCCAUAUGAUGGAAACUAUCUCAGCUGAGAAAAAUGAUGACCCCAACCACUUUUACACUGGCAUUUUUGAACCUUUAUUAAUCGAAAGGAGUAGCGAAUACUAUAGAAAUAAUGUUGACUGGACAGAUUAUACCGCUUUACAAACGUUUGAGAAAAUGGGGGCGAUGAUUAAGUUUGAAAAAGCUUUCAUGGAGGGACUGAUAAAUCCAGACUCUUCCCACAAGCUCAUCGAUAUCCUUACGAAUACCUUUGUAAGUGGUAAACUUAAAGACAUUUUGGGAGAACUAAUUAACGAGGUGAUGACCUCGAAGGAUCGUACACUAUUACAAAGAUUGUCUUCGAUAUCAGAAGAUGAAGAAUAUCGCCGUGACCUUGUUGAGGGGGUCAAGGACUAUAUUUCAAGAGACUUCUACAGUAUAAAGCUUGAUGAAGUUACAAGGAAGAAAGCCAUAGCUGCUGCCAAGUGGGUAUCUGAUUUAGUUGAAAAAUUCGAGCAAUAUUCGAGCUUCUUAAAAGGUGCGGCUUUCGCUGAGAGUAUUCCGUCAAACACUGCCAAUGAGGGCCAUAGCAGCUCAAUAGCAAGUGUAUUAGGUGAUGCGACAUCUAACUUUUUUGCAGACGAUCCGAUGCAAUCAGCGCAAUUUGUGUCUCUCUAUUUUGAUGUUCAGUUGAAGGCGUCUAAGCCAUCAAAAGCAGAAUUAGGAAAUGUGGUCAUGCUGUUGAAAUUUCUCAGUGAAAAGGAUGAGUUUGUGAAUGUUUAUAAACAGCAAUUGUCCAGAAGACUACUGCACCAGAGAACAACCAUCGAUAUGGAAAGGUACAUGAUUAAUCGCAUUAAAGACGAGAUGGGAUCGUUCUUUACAUUAAAGUUGGAAAGUAUGCUAAGAGACGUAACAACAUCUAGCGAGUUGCUUAAGUCGCUACCUGAGCAUGAAAAACAAUUUGAAUUUAUUCCACAGGUCUUAACUAUGACAGCAUGGCCAUUUCAGAACUUGAACGAUUUCGAUGCGGACUUAAUUUUACCAAGAGAGUUGCAAAAAGUAAAGGAAAACUUGGAGGUUGCAUAUAACAAAAAGUAUAACCAAAGGGUGCUGAAUUGGGCACAUAAACUCGGACUUAUAGAGAUAAGUUACCGAUUCGAAAAAAGUAGUCAUGAUUUGGCAAUGUCCUUUUAUGCAGGUCUUAUCUUUUUGGCGUUUGAAGAGCAAGACGAGCUAACUACCGAGAAAUUACAACAACUGACAAAUUUACCAGAGCAGGAACUAGUCAAGCAACUGGUCACACUGGCUGUUGCACCACGAUACAGAAUCUUAUUGAAGGAACCGAAUACUAAGACAAUCCGAAUGACAGACACAUUUCGCGUAAAUGAAAGAUAUACCGCUGCAACAAAAUCGGUACGGAUACAAACUGUAAUCUCCCCUAAUACGAUAUCGAAUGCAGUACAAGAUAAGAACUCCCAGUUGGACAAGGAACGUACUAUUGUUACGAAUGCUGCCAUAGUCAGGAUCUUAAAACCCUCUCGGCAAAUGAUCUUUGACGAUUUGUUUGACCAAGCGAAAAAACUAGUAGAGCAACGCUUCACAUUAACGAAACAGACAUUCAAACGUUCCAUUGACCAUCUUAUAGACAAGGAAUAUGUUCAACGAGACCCUAAUGACCACGAAGUCUACCACUACAUAACGUGA